CUUUAUGUUGAGAUCAUGAGAAAAUUACUUUGUCAUGUCGAGAUCUCGAGAAAAUUAAGCCAAGAACACAAGAAAACAAGGAAGAAAGAAAAAAUAAUAACGCAUGGCCUCUGAGGGCUUCCGUACUUAAUUGCUCAGUAAAGGGGGAAAACCCCGCCUCUGUUUUCACACGUGUCGAACUCCAUUUCCCAUGAUACUCCAGUUUGAAAGCUUCCGGGUGUUGAUAGCAACAUCGCUGUUGUCAGUCAGACAAAAGGCGAGACAGUCCGCCUCUCUGAUUGAACCCGAGCGAGCAGGGCCGGGGCAGGGCUGCAGAAAAAUAAAUGCAGGAUAUUCAAAUGUGAAAAAUAAACGGGAUUUUUUGUCGUCUGCACUCGGUGAAGUCAUUAAAUGGUCUGCGGGGCUGGGACGUUUGCAAUAUUCACACGUAGCCUAAAGGCCCUAAAUCUCGGUUAUAACAGGAAGUCUCGGUCAUUCCUUGAAACGCGUUACAGAAAGGACCUGACUGCAUGCACUGGUUAAAAUGUAGGUUUCAGCAGGCGAGAUGAAGUUGUGUGCGCUAGCAGCCGAGUUAGCGGGGAGAAAACGGCGAUAACAUCUCAUCUCACAAAGUUGACCAAGCCAAGUUAGCUCGUUAAUGCAGUCAUUUGAAGCCAGGGGUUGAUCAACUGAAAAACUGAGAUGGUGAGAUUCAGCCCACCUCCUGCAAUGACUGAUUAUUUCAACAAAAUUCACACAAGGAUGUCCCAGUACACAGACGAGCCGCGCUUCACCAUUGAGCAGAUCGAUCUGCUGCAGCGGCUGCGGCGGAGUGGCAUGACCAAGCCCGAGAUUGUCCAUGCACUGGACACACUGGAGCGUCUCGACCGAGAGCAUGGAGACAAGUUUGGGCGCCGUGGCUCUGCCUCUUCGUCCUGUGGCCCUGCUCCCUCGGUAUCUGACCCCGCCCCUUCACAUGGCACCAAUGAAAGCUCCACCUCCCACAUGGCCGUCUCUACUGCCACCACCUCUACGCAGACUCAGUUCCUGUCCCCGUCACCAAGCAACAGCUAUGCGACCUCACCACCUGUCUCACUGGUUGCUGUGACGCAGAAUGGGACGGCCAACGGGAAGCUGUCUCCACCCCGUUAUCCGUCAGGAAACGCGGCAGCGGCCGUGGCAGUGAGGCCAUAUGGGUUUGAUGGGGUGGAGGAAGAGAUGGACGUCGACGACAAGGUGGAGGACCUGAUGAGGAGGGACAGCAGUUUGGUGAAAGAGGAGAUCAAGGCUUUUCUGGCUAACCGGCGCAUCUCUCAGGCAGUGGUGGCCCAGGUCACAGGAAUCAGUCAGAGUCGGAUCUCCCACUGGCUCCUGCAGCAGGGAUCUGAUCUGAGUGAGCAGAAGAAGAGAGCCUUCUAUCGCUGGUACCAGCUGGAAAAGACCACUCCAGGUGCUACUUUGAACAUGCGUCCUGCCCCCAUGACCCUGGAUGAAAUCGAGUGGCGUCAGACUCCGCCCCCAAUAAGUUCAGCCACAGGCAGCUUCCGCCUACGCAGAGGCAGCCGCUUCACCUGGAGAAAGGAGUGUCUCGCUGUGAUGGAGAGCUACUUCAAUGACAACCAGUAUCCGGAUGAAGCCAAAAGAGAGGAGAUCGCCAACGCCUGCAAUGCUGUUAUACAAAAGCCAGGGAAAAAGCUGUCUGAUUUUGAGCGAGUGACGUCCUUGAAGGUCUACAACUGGUUUGCUAACCGUCGCAAAGAGAUCAAGAGGAGGGCCAAUAUUGGGUCUUUUUUCCAAGAAGCCACAAUCCUGGAGAGUCACGGAAUCGACGUGCAGAGCCCUGGAGGUCACUCCAACAGUGACGACAUCGACGGCAACGACUACACCGAGCAGAUACUCUGGUUUCCUCCCAACUCCCAAAAUAUCCUGGGUUGUGAGUUGCCCUACUUUGAGAAGAGACAGUUGGCCCGGCCGUUUGGUUUCUACAGGCUCGAGCCAACAUCGCCAACCCAGGAUGACAGCACUAACCACGCAGACCAUCAGGAUCCUAUCUCCCUUGCCGUGGAGAUGGCAGCUGUCAAUCACAGCAUCUUGGCCCUGUCUCGCCCAGGGGGCGUGGCCAGCGAUAUCAAAACAGAGGCGCUGGACGACGACUGAGGAGGGUCUGCUGAAUGGAGCUCUGUGUGUGUGUGUGUGUGUGUGUGUGUGUGUGUGUGUGUGUGUGUGCGCGCGCGCGUGUGUGUGGAGAAAUGGAUGCGUGCUAUUUUGUUUCCAGAGCAGAGGUCGACUCUUGUGAUGACUCCAUGCUGCUCAGACGUGGGUCACUCUCUUCCUCUGCAUCCUCUCAUUACACUGUAUCUGAAAAUGGCCAUCUAGUCCAGGUUCUAUUCCUCAGCCUGGGACUGUGUUUAAAAAACAAAAACAAAACAAAACCACAAAGGUCCUCAUGUUUUCUGGAAUCUUCCACAGUGUGGGGCCGCCACCUCCAGCCCUUCCUUUAACCUGACCCCAACCUUUACCUCAUUCCGCUCCAGGAGUGUCGUGCUUUUUGCGUUUCGUCCCUCAUCGGUGCUUCCUGGAAGUGGCGUUGUUUUUUCCACUGACGUGCAGGAGCUUUAUGCGGACAUUCGACGUCGGUGUGUGUGAGUAUGUGUGUGUGAAGCUUUGUAGGUGGAAAGCAAGAGUGUGUGUGCUGCAGAGCCCCGUGGCUGUGUACCAGACUUCUGCAUUGAGUGACAGCUCUGUGUAUUUAGGCGCUUGAACACUUUUAUUCCCUCCUAAAAUUGGCUUGUUUUUUUUUUAUUAUUAUUUUUACAUUUUUUAAUUUUGGAAUUGAUUUUAGUUCACGGUUCAAACAGCAAUCAGGUUAUUAAAUGUUUUUUUUUGUUUGUUUGUUUUUUUUGUGAUGGGGAGAGGUGAACUGAUAUAUAAAUGAGCAAAAGUGAAACUAAUAAGAUGUGGUUUUUAUAAAUGCCAAAGGAUGGAAACUUGGAGUCCCUUGGACUAUAAAGCGAUGGUCAGCUGAAAGCCUCGAAACACAAAAUUACCAUAUUGUCUGGAAUAUAAGGUGUAUGAUUUUCAUUAGAACCCUUAAAUAACCUUACACCAGAGGGUUUCCCAUUACAGAGAGGGUUCCUAGUAGAACACUAGGAAUAUUUUUGCAUUAAUGUUGACAUUUUAAUUUAUUUGAUUUUUAAAAAAAAUUCUAACAGAAUUCAGCACUGUUCUGUUACAUCCAUGAAACUAGGAGACGUUACAAAGCUCUGUGUAAAUUGCGUUUUAAGAAAUACAUCACUGAAAAGGGGAACCAUGCAUCAGACCAGAAAAUACAGUAAUGGUGUUUUCUGAUUUUAUUUCUUAAAUGUCCAGCUUCACCCAAAGUGGAUUGGAGUAAAUCCUUUCUUGGUUUUAGUAUUUAUUUUCUUGUUCUAUGUUCAUAUCUGGAGAUUUCUAAGUAAUAAGCUAAAUCUCAGUCAUGGCCUAAACACUUGUAAGUUCUUGUGCAAUGACAGCAGUAGAGCUGAAAUUAGAGAGAGAGAGAGAGAGAGAGAGAGAGAGAGAGAGAGAGACUGAGUGCUCUUAUCUUAACCCUAAACCUCAUAAUCUGGCCAGUGCAUCAUCAUUUCUUGAUGCUGUUUGAUUUCGUAAUGGUUUUGCAGUGUACAGAAAAGCUAAUAUGUUUCUGUUCUGCCACUUCAGGACUUCUGCUGUAGGCAUGUGCCGAUAAUCUUUUAGACAGUUGGAGAAAACUCUUAAUCGCGAUGUUUUAAACUUUUAUCAGCUGCGUUCCAUUGGUGAGCUAGGUAGCAUUUUUGUUUUUAAUAACAGCAGUCUUCUUGAAGUGUGUGUGUGUGUGUGUGUGUGUGAGAGAGAGAGAGACCUUCUCUCUGAAGGAAGUCCCAUCAUUCUGUUCUCAUCCUGUUUCUAUAUUCUUUUUGCCCUCAUUGACUUUCCCUUGGACUCUUGGACUUUUUUUAAAAAGCCAUUCCAUUACUGUACUAGCUCAAGUGAAGUUUAUUAGAAGACCUCUCGAAGGCAUGAGGGAUUUUAGUCAACAUGGAUCUAGACUUCAGAAGCAGAAUCUGCUGAGAAUCAUUUCACAGUUGUGGACAAAGCUUGUAUGCCAGAGCAAAUACAAUACAUCGAAUUAAGUGAUGUGAUUUUAUAAAAAUCAAACAUUUGUGUGUCAGUAAUCUGGUAUGCAAAUGAACCAAGCAUAAUGUUUCAUGAACGGUUGUGCUUACUUCCAAAGGCGAGUGUUUCCUAGUUUAAACUUCACUCAUCAUCGUUCCCGUCUUCGGCAGGCGGCUUGUAUUAGCAAUGCUCCGAUCCUACUUUUACUAUUUCUAAACGAUACUCAUCUAGGACCUCUUGGGUACCUGAUACUAACAGCCUUACAGUAACCGAGCGACUCUGUGCAAGCUUCGUUCCGCAAAACCUCACAGGCACGACAGCGGUGUGUGUAAAAACGUUUCUGUUGUAAAGUUUAUGUCCCGUGUUCGCAUUUCCAAUUCCGAUCCAGUGUUUCAGGGCAGUAUUGAAAUCAAUACUGAUACUCCGUAUCGGAUCGUUAGAUCACUAGCAGGCUAUCACGUAUAUAUCCGUAUCGGCACAUGCCUGGUCUGCUGUUGACUAACGCAGGCUCGGUACACUUUCCAAUAUGUAGCUAUUUUACUCAAUAAAAAAUAAAAUAAAAAAUCUAAAAUAUAAACUUUGUUAUAUUCAAUAUGAUUUUAUGAUUUGUCUUCUCUUUCCCAGUGUAAAAAAGCUGAGUGAUAUUUAUGAAAUGCAGAAUUAACUAAUCAAGGGUUCUUUUGUUUAUUUUUAUUUCAGUAGUUUUUUUUUUUUUUUUUUAAAGGAGCAGUCUUUCUGUGUGUCAAAUAUUUUCAAGCAUAUUUUGAAACAGAAAACAGAGCACCCCCUAUCAAAAGUAAAAGCAGUUCUUGAAGCCGCACGAGCAGUCGGUAACGGAAAACUGAAGCGGUGUUAUUGAUGCUGUUGGGGAAAAAAAUAUUUCAAAUUUAUUCUCUUGGCAUGUUAACUGAGCAGUUGAUGCUCAGGAUUCGGAAACUGGCUCUCUUGCAGUCCUGCGAUUUGAGCUUGCACCCUUCUGGUUAUUAGCAUGUAGCCUUUUUUCACUGAGCGCACAGUGUUUUUUGUUAUUGAAAUGUUUUCCCAGAAGCAGAUAAAUCAUACACGCUUCACUCUAAAUGCAUUCUACAAAAUCCUAGCUCGCAUGGUAUUACUCCUCACUUUUAGAGCUUCAACAAAUAACCUAAAUCAGGGUUUAGAAGCAGGAAAGUUAGCAUUGAUUGACAACGUAGAAAGCUAAGUGCUGUAGAAUAUAAUUUUGCUAAUAUACUUUUUAAUCAAAUAAUGGUUGCAUACUCUCUUCAAUCUUCUUAUUUUAUUUUAUUUGAAUUGGCGAGAUUCAAAAACAGUAGCGAUUUAUGCUCCCUGGUUAGACACCAGUGUUUUUAAUGUCACCAAAUUCUUAUAGUGCUUAGCUUAGUAUUAGCUUUCUGUAGCUAGCAAGAUACUCCUUUAACAUUAACACGUAUUUUUGUUAUAAGGCUAGCUCCACAGCAAUGAUUUAAAAACUUUAAAACGGAGUUUAGCUGACGAUGGCUUUCCAGUUGUUCUUUAGCUAGCUAGAUACAUACGUUAUAUGAUGACUUGCAUAAUAAUUUAAAGCUAGCAUUAGUCUUUUUCUUCAUUAUCUUAUCUAGCUGGACAUCAACGUUUCAGCAUCAUCCAAGAUCUUAAAUAAAUACUUGGCCAAUGUUGACUAGAGCACGGAGUAAUUUGCUCAGGUAGCUAGCUUUGUUUUGGUUGCGUAUCUGACCAAAUCAGUCAGAAUUUCUGCUCUAGGAAAACAGUUCAAUAACUAAAAGCUACCACUUAUAGUGUAUUUUUUUAUUUAUUUAGUUAUCCCCCCCAUGGCGUACUGCAGUGUAACUCUAACAUACACUGUGUUUAUGCUGAAAAACAGCACGAGUACUUGUGAUGUUGCAGCUUUUAAACACACACAAACACUGUGCCAAACUGUUAUCACCUUGACUGGGCUUUAUAAGCCAUACGUUAUGGAAAACAUAGUUCUCAGCUGCAACACACACUAGUAUUAUAUGUCAAUAUUUAGCUUAAAUCCUGAGUCCUUAAGGGUAAGCACUCAAUAAUAAAAAAAAGAAAAGAAAAAAAGGGGGUGCUUUGUAUUCCAGUCUUCAGGGUUCACAUUCAUCUGUCCAUAAACAUCUCCUCUGCGUAUAGUUUAUAUCGACAGUUCAAUAACAAUGUAUCGUAAAGAAUACACUAUAAUAAUAAAACUAUAAAUAAAUGUAUUGAUUUUAAGUAAGUUGGAUCUCAAUCAUUCUGUCCCAUUUAAGACUUUAGUGCCUUUUUUGGACAGUAGACUGUUCUGUAAUUAAACUGUAGUAUAUAUUAGCGUUUUUUGUACAGUUUCUUUGUUUAAGAUGACUUUUUUUAAAACUUGUGUUUAUUUUAGUAUUGUAUCUACUAGAGAAUAAAGGUAUAUUGAUGAA